AGAGCAAAAGGGUUUUUUCUGUCAGUUUUGAAACCGUUUUACACGUCUUUCUUAAAUCUCGCAUUAUGAAAACGGAUUUAACGUUGUACAGAGGUAGCCUAUAAAUGUAUAGAAAAUCUUAUUUUUUAAAAUAAGCAGUCGUACCCGAGAAAUAUUCACCAUUUUUUGGAGUAGGCUGAUUUUGUACCGUUGCAUUUGUUUGAGCAGUCCGUCCUCCUUUGCUAUUCCAGACAAGCUCAUGAAUGUUAAUUAAGUCAGGUCGACGCUGCUUGGUAACUUUCCACCAGCGUCCGUAUACGUAAGCUAAUUAAUAUUCAUAAGCCAAGCCUCCACCAUAGUAUGAUUCCGCACUCCGGACAGCGCGCUCGGAGCCACGCCCCAUCCCCGCUACAUGGAUGUUUCAGUCCAGCAUCACUGAGCAGUGACCACAGGAAGGAUUUGACCUCGCUGCGCCAGAGGACGACACGCACAUCUCCUUCCACACAGGUUCAGCAAGUGUCUCUUUAUAUACACUGGGAAAAUAUCUAGAAUUAUUAAACCUCAGUGACCAAUGGCGAACCGAGGACCCAGUUAUGGACUGAGCCGUGAGGUGCAGGAGAAGAUCGAGCAGAAAUAUGACCCAGAGCUGGAAUCUCGACUGGUGGACUGGAUUGUUGCUCAGUGUGGAGGAAAUGUUGAAAAACCACAGCCAGGGAAACAAAACUUUCAGACCUGGCUAAUGGAUGGCACUAUCCUCUGUAGACUCAUUAACAGUUUGUAUCCGCGUGGUAAGGAGCCCAUUAAGAAGAUCCCAGAGACACAGAUGGCCUUUAAGCAGAUGGAAAAGAUCUCCCAGUUCCUUCAGGCAGCCGAAGCCUAUGGAGUAAUCACCACAGACAUUUUUCAGACAGUAGACUUGUGGGAAGGAAAAGACAUGGCAGCCGUCCAGAGAACUCUAAUGGCGCUUGGUAGUGUGGCUCUCACAAAAGAUGACGGACAUUACCGAGGUAACCGGGACUGGUUUCACAGGAAAUCUCAAGGCAACCGUCGAGAGUUUUCUGAGGAGCAGCUGAGGCAGGGUCAGAAUCUGAUUGGCUUACAGAUGGGCAGUAACCGUGGGGCAUCUCAAGCUGGCAUGACUGGAUACGGCAUGCAUCGGCAGAUUAUGUGAAGCUAUUCGAGUGCCAGGCAACCUGCCUAAAACACCCAGAAGACCUUAAACCCCCCUCACCCUAACCCUUACCAAGCAGUGUUCCUUGAAGGUGGCAUCUAUUUGAUGAAGAAUAGCAGUCUUAAGAAGUUUUAAGACAUUAGAGCAUGCUAGAUAUAUCUAUUUUAUGUUUGGUUUGCUGAAAAAUUAUUUAUUUAUUUAAUGUAUGCAAAUAGUGAUAGUAAUUCUUAAAGUUUUAUCCAAGCAAGUCAAAACAACUGCCUUAUUCUCUAUGAGCAAACAGUGUUGAUAUACCAAAUAACAGACAGCAACUGUAACAGUUUACUAGUUUACAUAGUGUUUGAAUGUACAGUUAAGGACAAAAGUUUGCCCUUGUGGUUACUGUAUUUCACCUGUUGUUAUUGUGAUCCACUCUUUUGCUGUUUUAAUAGCAAAAAUGAACAAUUAAAAAUGUCAAUUCACAUACUAACCAGAAGUACUGUAUGCAGAUUAAUAAUGGUCAUAAAUGUAUAAAUAUGUUUGUUUGUGUUGUCCAUUGUUGUUGUGUGUGAACAUUCCAUGUCAGUUUCAUAAUAAGCUUGGUUUUGGUGACCAUGUUUGAUCCAAAUGUUUAAUAAAUUGGUACCUUAACAUCA